AAGGAAUAUACCGGUGAACCCAUCGACUCAAAGAUUGACAGUACGCUCCGCAACCUCUCAAUUGAUACCAAUAUCCCUCCUAACACCACUCAGUCGGCGCCGCCCUCACAACCUCCAACCCCAUCCGCGUCUGCAUCUUCACCUCAAGCACAAUCCUCGACCCCUCAACCCGCCCCACCACGACCAUUCUCACCAUCCGCACCCUCCUCCCACCGCUCUCCCGCAAUGAAAUUGGUACAAUCCGCUGCAUCGGCCUCAACUACCGCAACCACGCCAAGGAAAUGCACAUGGAGCUCCCCGAUUACCCAACCCUCUUCUUCAAGCCCGCUUCCUGCCUCGGCGCCCCCAACGCGCCCCUCGUGAUCCCCUACCAAGCGACAGACGGGCAGGCCGACUACGAAGCCGAGCUCGCGAUCGUGAUUGGUAAAGACGCGAAGAACGUGCAGAAGGAAGAUGCCAUGGAUUAUGUGCUCGGUUAUACGUGUUCGAACGACGUGACGGCGCGAACGCACCAGUUCCACAGCGCGCAGUGGGGGUUCGGGAAAGGCUUCGAUGGGUUCGCGCCGCUGGGGCCGUGUGUGGUUGCUGCGCGGAGCAUUUCGGAUCCAGGGCCCAUUGAGCUGCGGACGACCUUGAACGGGGAGGUGAUGCAGGAGGGAAGGGUGGACGAUAUGAUCUUUGGGAUUGCGGAGAUCGUGGCGUAUAUUAGUCAAGGGACUACGCUGGAGAAGGGGACAGUGAUUAUGACGGGGACGCCGCAUGGGAUUGGGGUUAGUAAGACGCCGCCGGUGUUUCUGAAAGAUGGAGACGAUUUGAGGGUGGUAAUGAGCCAUGGGUUGGGGAGUUUGGUGAACAGGGUGGUUUAUGAGGAGAAGCCGGGGAAGGCGUAAGGGCGUGAAUCAGGGUGCAU